AUGUAGAUCCGGCUUCAAAUGACGACAGAAAUUUGAUUACCGGUAGAGGAACAUACAAAAUCAAAACUUUGUUUAAAUUUGCAUUUACGAUAUUUUUUAAAUAUGAGUAAUUCCACCUUUAUUCUCGACAAUGGUGCUUAUAUGGCAAAAGCUGGUUUAUCCAAUGAAACACCCAAAUUAGUUCCAAAUUGUAUAAUGAAAGCAAAGAGCGAACGUCGCAGACCUUUCAUAGGAAAUCAAAUCGAAGAAUGCAGAGACGCUUCUGGAUUAUUCUACAUGUUACCUUUCCAGAAAGGUUAUCUCGUGAAUUGGGAUAUUCAGAAGACUCUAUGGGAUUAUAUAUUUUCAAAGGAGUCUUGUUCGGUGAAUUUAAGUCAGUCGUCUGUGAUAGUGACAGAACCAAUGUUUAAUUUUCCAAGCAUUCAAGAAGCUAUGACAGAGAUCUUUUUCGAGGAAUACGAAUGUCAUAGUCUCUUGAGAAUAAAUGCAGCUAGUCUUUCGUGUUACAAUUACAAAACCGAAAAUCCUAGUACAAAAUGCUGCAUAGUAAUAGACAGUGGUUAUAGUUUUACGCAUAUUAUACCUUUUAUCAAUAAUACAAAGGUAAAAGAAGGUAUACGAAGAAUAGACGUAGGUGGCAAGCUUUUAACAAAUCAUCUAAAGGAAAUACUAUCUUAUCGUCAGUUACAUGUUAUGGACGAGACGUAUGUAAUUAAUCAAGUAAAAGAAGAUUGUUGUUUUGUAUCUCAAGAUUUCUUUAAAGAUAUGGAACGGGCUAAAUAUAAAUUGGAGAAAAAUACCAUCGCUAAGGAUUAUGUUUUGCCAGAUUAUACAACUUUGCGACGUGGAUAUCUUAAAGAUCCAGAACCAUCUAAUGAGCAACAAACAUUACGUUUGACUAAUGAAAGAUUUGCCAUACCAGAAAUAUUAUUUCAUCCAUCGGAUAUUGGUAUUCGACAAAUGGGUAUUCCCGAAGCUGUCAUAGAUUCUAUAAAAGCCUGCGACGAAGAAACAUGGCCUCAUUUUCUAUCCCAUAUUAUUCUAACUGGUGGUAAUGCAAAGUUUCCAGGAUUUAAGGACAGAAUUUACAAAGAAAUUAGAAGUUUAGCUCCAACAGAAUAUGCCGUAAACGUUUAUUUACCGCAAAAUCCAAUUACUUAUGCAUGGUUCGGUGGGAAACAACUUUCACAAGACACAAUAUUCUCAAAUCUUUUGGUAACAAGAGAAGAGUAUGAAGAAGAGGGUCCAUCUAUAUGUUUUGAGAAAUUUGAUAUAUAAUUCUAUCGUGUUGUGUAUACAUAUACACACACACACACA